AUGUUGAUUGUUGAUUAAAAUUAUUAUUUUUUUUUGCCAAGACUAGUUAAUAAUUUAUAAUAAACUAAUAUAAACAAUAAACAAUAAUUGUAAAUAAUACAUUUAGUAUUAAAUAAAAUUGUUAUGACUUUUUUAUAAAUAUGUGUAGUAUUAAUGUUAUUUACAAUUAAUUUAAACGAAAUUUUAUAAAUAAAAAUUGUAAACAUUGUGUGAUAAAUCUAGCCUAAAAAAAUUGCACUACAUGUUGACAAUAACAAAUGUUUUAAUGAAAAUUUGACAACAAAUAAAAGUAAACAACAAUUAAAAAAUGUAUCCAGCAAAUCAUAAGACUGUUUUUGUUUUGGAUCAUACUCCAUACUUUGGAAUAUCAACAGAAAGUCCAUUAGAAUUUGAGUGUUUAAAAAGUCGAUCACCAAAUCCUCUUCCACCAAUAUGUAAAUCAUUAUGGACAACAAGUGUUGAAUCAGCAAUGGAAUAUUGUCGUAUUGUUUGGGAUUUAUUUCCAGCUGGAAAAUUAUUGAGAUUUGUUGUUAGUGAUCGAGCUGCACAUAUUGUAAGCACCUGGGCAUCGAAUCAACAAAAUUUAUCUCAUUUGGUUAAUGGCAUGUCAAUAAUUGGUGUGCCUCCAAAAGUCCACCAGCCUGGUGUUGAGAUAUCUGUUAUUCAUGGUCUUCGUUGUGCAAUUGAAACACUCAGUGAAUGUACAGAAAUUCAACAUGAAAAAAUAUCAAAAAACAAUGGUAAAUUAUUAAAUAAAGGACGUGUUAUUUGUAUAACAAGUGCUCGUGAUGAUAUGAAUAUUAAAACACUUGAAAAUAUAUUUAGAAAUGCAUUGGAUCAACAAAAUGAAGUUGCAUCAAGAUUUGAUCAUUUAUUACCAAUUGAUCAUUGUCAUUUGGUUAUUUUAAAUAUAUUUCCAAUAAACAUUGAAUCACAAGUAACGAGUCAAGGUCCACGAGAGAUAUCUCCACAUUUAACAAUGGAAGUACACUCAAUGAAAGCCACAUCUUUACACUCAAAAUUAUCACAUCUUAUAUUAUCACAUUAUGAUUUAUCAAGCACAACUGUAACUGGUAUUCCAAUGAAGGAAGAACAAAAUGCAAGUUCAUCAGCAAAUUAUGAUGUUGAAAUAUUUCAUUCAAUAAAUGCACAUUCAUCAAUAUUAAAUGGUAAUCCUCAAGAUUCAGCAUUGAUUAAAACAUUUAGACGUUUUGAGGAAGGUUCAGAGUAUGAAACAGUUACAUUAAAAUGGUGUACACCAAGAGGUUGUAGUGCAUCAGAAAUGCAAAAUUGUACAGCAAUACAUAGAAUAACACCAGUUGAUGUCAAUAGUCGUCCAUCAUCAUGUCUUAUUAAUUUUUUAUUAAAUGGAAGAUCAGUUAUGCUUGAAAUGGCACGUAAAAGUGGUGGUAAAAGCAUAUCACAUUUAUUAGCUGCUCAUGGUGGUGAAAUAUUUAUUCAUACAUUAUCAACAGCAAGAAGUGUACUUGAGGAUCCACCAUCAAUAAGUGAAGGUUGUGGUGGAAGAGUUACUGAUUAUCGUAUAACUGACUUUGGUAGUUUGAUGAAAAAUAAUAUACUGGUACCAUUGAAGCCAAAAGGAAAUGUUGAAAAUGACAGUCCAGCUGUUGACAUGAAAGAGAGACUUGAAAGACAUACGAGAUAUUGGCCAAUGACUAUUUCUAAUACAUUGAUGUUUAAUUUAAAACAAAUUAUUGAUCCUUUACCGGAAUACAUUGUAAAAGAAGAGCUAGUAAAAGAUGAUUUAUUAAAAUGUAAACAAUUGAUAUUUCAUCUUCUUCAAUUGGAAUCAAAACAUGAAACACUUGCAUUACCAAAUCUUGGUGGUGGAAGAGGUGGUAAAGGUGGUGGACGACGUGAAGAACAUUAUCGUUUAUUAUGGGAAGAACUUGAAACAUUUUUAAAAGCACAUGCACGUAAUUCUAUAAUGCAUGCUGAAGUAUUAAAUUGUCUUCUUGAAGUUAGAAAUAAAAAUGAUAAAGAUAAAGUUGAAUUGGAUCAGGCAUUACGUGAACUUGAUGGAAUUGGAAAAGAAGAAACACCACGUGCAAGUGUUAUACGUGCAACAACAGAUUCACCAAUGUCACCACCAACAUCAACAUCAAUGUCAUUACAAAAACAAUUAUUAAAAAAUAAUUCAUCAAAAAGUUUUCUUGAUAUUUGGCUACAACGUAGUACACCAAAAGAUAAAAAACCAGAAUUCCAUGGACGUUUAAAUAGCGAUGGUCUAAAAGCAAAAUUAUAUCCAAAUUUUAAAGAACCUGGAUGGGAAUUACGUGAGCCAAUGAUUGAAACAUAAAUUAAAUUUAUUAUUUGUUUCUAAAAAAAUCCAAGGUAACUUGUCUAAAUUAAUUAAUUAUUAUCUGUAAAAAAUUUUAAAAUAAAUUUCUAUUAUAGAAAAAAAAACAAA